CUGUACAUGAGGCGAAGGGAGGAGCGACUUGGGAGGGAGAGAGUGUGUUUCUCCUGAUUUUCAUGUCCCCGUCGUGGCAGCCCGAGCACUUUUCGCAUCCCGCCGAGGAAAACGAUCUCCGAGCGAAGUCGUUGGAGAGGCAAAAGUAGGAGCUGCGCGAAAAUUUCGUGUUUAAUGUUGAGGCAUUAGCCCGAGUUAGCUCCCUCUCUCUGCUCUGCUUUGCGCGGUGUUCUGGAGGGAGGCAUCCACACUUGCACUGGAUACGGCUUUCCACCACCGACCACUGCCUCAAAAGACCUUGCGAGUAAACACCCGAUUCACACGGGUUAUCACAGUUGCGUAACCCGGAAGCCACAAGAAGUGCUCGCGUGCUUUUUGGCAAAGCCCUGAAUUGCCUGUCUGCCAAGGGUGGCAACCAGAAGUCUCCGAAAGCCAAGGCCUGAGGAAGCCAUUAACCGCACACACCUCCCUGCAGGGCACUGAUCUGGUCACAGUACUGAGUUCCAGUGUGUUGGAUUUGGUCAGUGAGCAUCGCUCCUUAGAGCUGUGGGAUGCCUGUUUGACUCAUCAACGCGAAUGACAAGAGUUCAUCCACGAGUGGGGCCUGCCUCAGUCUCACAUGAUUGGCUGCUGGAUGGAAUUAAGGUGAAUGGAACACAUGCCCAAGGAGCAGGACCUUAACCUAUCAGAGGGAGAAGAGAAACGGUGGCUCGAUGGCCCGAAGAGGAAGAGGAAGAACAGUCAGUGUUCGGUGAAGAGCAUGUCUGGGUACAUCCCCAGUUAUCUAGAGAAGGAUGAGCCGUGUGUGGUGUGUGGAGACAAAGCCACUGGCUACCACUACCGCUGCAUCACCUGUGAGGGCUGCAAGGGGUUUUUUCGGCGCACCAUCCAGAAGAACCUGCACCCCUCUUACUCCUGCAAAUAUGACGGCUGCUGCAUCAUUGACAAGAUCACCCGCAAUCAGUGCCAGCUCUGCCGGUUUAAAAAGUGCAUUGCUGUCGGCAUGGCCAUGGACCUGGUUCUGGAUGAGGCCAAGCGGAUGGCGAAGCGACGUCUGAUAGAGGAGAACAGGGAGAAGAGGAAGAAAGAGGAAAUGGUGAAGACGUUGCAUAACCGGCCGGAGCCCACAGGCUCUGAGUGGGAACUGAUCCGCAUGGUGACAGAGGCUCAUCGCCACACUAACGCACAGGGCUCUCACUGGAAACAGAAACGCAAGUUCCUGCCUGAAGACAUCGGCCAGUCCCCAGUAGCUGCAACGUCAGAUGGGGACAAGGUGGAUCUGGAAGCCUUCAGUGAGUUCACCAAGAUCAUCACCCCUGCCAUCACACGCGUUGUCGACUUUGCCAAAAAACUGCCCAUGUUUUCGGAGCUGCCUUGUGAGGAUCAGAUCAUCCUGCUGAAGGGCUGCUGUAUGGAGAUCAUGUCUCUGCGGGCAGCAGUGCGGUACGAUCCAGAGAGCGAGACUCUAACACUGAGUGGGGAGAUGGCAGUAAAGCGAGAGCAGCUGAAGAAUGGUGGGCUGGGCGUUGUGUCCGACGCCAUCUUUGACCUGGGAAAGAGCCUGGCUCAGUUUAACCUGGACGACACGGAGGUGGCACUGCUGCAGGCUGUGCUUCUCAUGAGCUCAGACCGCUCAGGCCUAACGUGUGUGGAGAAGAUCGAGAAGUGCCAGGAGACCUACCUGCUGGCGUUCGAACACUACAUCAACUAUCGCAAGCACAACAUUCCCCACUUCUGGCCCAAGCUGCUGAUGAAGGUGACGGACCUGCGCAUGAUUGGAGCCUGCCAUGCCAGCCGCUUCCUGCACAUGAAGGUGGAGUGUCCCACCGAGCUCUUCCCUCCACUUUUCCUCGAGGUGUUCGAGGACCAGGAGGUGUGAGCCCCGGAUUGAAGAGAGAGCGCAGUAGGAACCUGCGCUUUUUUUUUCCUUCACCGACCACCUCCCUCCACCCCCAAACAAACACGGCCCCACAGCCCUCCUCCCCAUGCAUCAAACUCACCAGCAGCAGUAGCAGCAGUGACCGCAGAGGCAGAGGCAGGGGUCCCAGUCAGGAAGGGGUUAAUUUCUGGGGGUUUUUUUCUGCUUUCCCUUUUUUCUUUUUUUUUUUUUUUGAUUUACAGAAUGCUCAGUCCUCACUUUCUCCACACCCACCUUAGAUCCUCCCUGCCAAUCAAUUUAUCCGGUGGCCCUUCUGUCUCUGCGCUUUCACCGUAGACUGAUCUACCUGAACCUCAGCUAUGGACACAUAAUAAACACACAUAAAAACACACACAGACAUCUAACCUCAUGCAAGAACUCUUAAGCAAGUAUAAACCCACACAGCGCACUACUCUCACACCAGUUUCUCAGAGCAGUUUUGUUGUGCAGUGCAUUUGGCUGAUGCAUGUCUGCAGGUCCUCUCUGAUUGGAGGGCUUGCUGCUAGACGACGACCUUGGCAGCCCUGCUGAGAAAGGGCAGAGAUUUGUGUUAACCAGUGGUCAGUUAAAUUAAGUAGUGUAAAUAAUCCUGGUACCACUAGUGAUAACCAGUGUCACUCUCUCGUAUUCAUCAUGUGACCAGAUCAACAUUAGCUAUGUCACAUGAUGCCAUAGUUUUUCAAAGCUCUUUGCUAAUCUGGAGCAGACUUGAACAUACCUCAUUACACUCAAACUAAUUACAGUGAGCCUGUGUGCAGAGCAGGAGGAUAUUUCUGAACCAAAUCAGGUGCUAUAUUUAAAUAAAGCUUCUCAAACGGAUUUGGGACAUUUUAGGAAAUAUGCCCUCCCUCACUCACACAUACACACACACACACACACACACACACACACACACACACACACACACACACACACACACAAAGCACAGAAUUCCUUUCUUUGUAGAUUAUUCGAAAUGUACCUGGUAUGCAUUUAGUGCACAUUCAGGAACACGUCUACAUACACACACACAGUGCAACCUUGGUCUCUUAGUGUGUGGUUCUGCCUUGUCAUUGCCUGGGUUUUCUGUGCCAGCACACAGGCCUGAUCUGAAUGAUAAUUGAGCCCUUCUGUCUCCUAGGAAAGACACUGCAGCACGCAGAGCGCAGGAGGGGGCUCAGAGAGAGAGAGAGAGAGAAAGAGAGAUAGAGAGAGAGAGAGAGCAAAAGGCUGUCUCACAAACCCAGGUCCAUAGAGACAGAAAGAAAUUUAGGCAGCCUUGGGGGGUGUUCAGAUGAUGCCUUUUUAAACAUGUUGCAUCUCAUGUUUUAAAGAAGCAGGAUAGUCUUCUUAGUUGGCUGGCUAACUCAUUACUAUGAAAAGUAGAUGAACAUGAGACAGGAAAAACUGAUAAAUGUUUAGAAACUGACAUAUAUAAAAUAUAAUAAAUACAAAAAUUAUAGUUAUAAACUGAUUUUACAUAAAUCUGUUAAUUCAGUUAAUCAAGUGUGUCAACAGAGCAAAGUGCAUUGUGUAGACUACAGGAGUGCUUUUCAGUCAUGGUGCACAUUGCUCCAUAGACAACAACGAAAAGAAGCACGCUUGAGAGAGUUUGAAAAGGCGUUGUCUGAACCCUUUGCUGUCCCCUUUUUUAUUUAGACCAUCUGAAAAGCGCUGAUUUAGUAUUACCAUCUUUCCUGGCCCAGUAUGCGCACACACACACACACACACACACACACACACACACACACACACACACACACACACACACCCACCCCACAAACACUUAAACACACCUCAGAAAACUCGAAUGCCUCAUUACUGUAUGCACUGCAGUGCUGUUGCCCUGAAAACCCUCACAGGGCUUUGUGAGUUCAAUCCAGUCCCUGUGUGUUCUGCUACUGCUGCCCUGGCUGUGACACAAACACACACACACACACACACACACACACAUACACACAUAUACACACACAUAGUGAUGGGCUUAGGCAGAGCAGGCUGGCGGACUGGCUGUUUUGUUUUUUGUUUUGGUUGGUUUUUUUUUUUUUUGGUUUUGGUUUUUUUUACCUCAAUGUGGGCACACCUCUGGCUGUUGCGCCAAGACUGCCUCUGUGCUAACAGGCUCUACCUCACCUCUGGACACAGAGCAGCUCCCGCACAGCCUCCUCCUCCCACUCACACACACACACACACACACACGCGAACACACCACACAGACACACACACAGUACCUGCACUUCAACAUACACAUACUGACAUAUUCAUGAGCAGAAACAUAAAACAUCUAGGAUGAACACCCAAUGUAUUGACACCGAGCCCCACCUCAGUGCUGUCCAAACACACACCAACACCUCCCUCAGCUCUCCCUCUUGAUGGGAGUCUACCACUGUAGACAGGAGGGCCUACCAUUUCCUUAUCCUGAUCUGUCUGCUUUCGGAAUCCCUUCAUUCUGGGCUGAGAGGACAAUUCUGUUUAGGGGACUUUUAUCCUUUUUUUCUGUUUCAGUUAAUUGUGGGACCAAUUGUCACUGAAAUUUGGAACCCCAUUCCAUUUCCGUUAAAACGGAAGCUAAGCUGGUGGGAAUAGACAGUGUGAAUGAAAGAGCAAAUGCUGUUGGUUCUGAAAACCAGCAGCAAAAAGGACUGUAGUUUUUAAAGUGGGAGAAAAUGAAGAUCCCACUGGUGGCCAGGCCAAACCCCAACACGGUCUAGAUUUCUUAAAAAAGAAAAAAAAGUAUAGAAAAAAGCUUUUUUUUGUUGUCUUUUUGAAUAUCGAGCAGUAGUUUGUGAAAAGUCUUUGUAAGGCAGAGUGAGGGGAAGAUGACUGUGGAAGAGGAGACAAUGUGAGGCGGGCAGGUGGUCCUUAUAGGCCCUUAGCAUUUUUGGCUUCUUUGAAAACCCAUAAAAUCAGUACCUCCUCUCUGAGGUACCAAUGUGUGCCCGCCCCCCUGCAGCAGUAGAUUUUGCACUUAAGGAGUUAUUGUUCCCUCCCUUCCACCGAGUCUAACAGCAGCAUAGACAUUAAAAUAGCAUGCUCUUAUAUCGAGGACACCCCCCCACUAGCCUUCUGUCAGACAGAGGCCACACCUACAUGUGUUCUUUAGCGCGCUCUCAGAGUCAGUAUUACAGUAAACCAUGUCCCUUUUCGACUUUAACUACCAACGCAUCAGCAUACACACACUCUAACACGCACACACACAUCCCCUUUGUGUCCCCCUCUGGGAGUCCUCUGCAGUGGCUUCAGACGAACACCAAAUCGAAAGGGGCCUCUCCCUUGUGAGACAAGGCUGGCCGUGGCCGUGUGCAGACGGCACCACCGAGUGAAUGUGAAGUGGUAUGCAGCAGGACAAGCAAGUACGAACGAAAGUGGGAGAGAAAAACGAGAGCAUGAAGGGCAGAUUGAGGUCCAUUUUGGAGUCAACGAAUCAUGACUUUGCGAAAGGAGCAAACAAGCAAGAGAGCUGGCCCUCUUCCCUCUCCUAGAUUGGAUGAUUGUCCACGUUGUCCCGCCCCUUUCAGUGGAGAUCCCUGUAGCCCCCACCUUUAGAGCAAGAGAAACCAAAUCCCACACAGAGACCCUCGUCAGGAGCUGAAGAUGGCAUUCCAUGGAUCCAUGUAUGGAAUUCAAGCUUGGAACACAAGUGACGCGCUGAAUCACCACUGGUCACACAGUGAUGUCAUUGGUUCUGCUUGGGUAUGUGUGUAACAAGCAGGGGUUACGAUGCUGCUUUACCUUCUGAGUCUAAUUUUAUUUCAGAGAAACAAAAACAGAUAUAAUGAAAUAAUUAUGAACCCAGAAAACAAAACUUAAAAAAAGAUGACUUUAAAGACUCCAGAACAAAGUUAAAAGCUUGGAGAUUGAGGUUUUUUGUUGUUGUUGUUUGUUUGUUUUUGUUUUUUUUAUCUCAAUGUGUUUUUUUGUUGUUUGUUUGUUCAUUUUUUGGCGCUUAACUGCUCUGUGUAAGAGAGAAAAGAACAGCCGUAGUCACUUUUGACCAUGCGUGCAGUGUAACCUAGACAGAGUUUCACCUCUUUUUCACCUCAAAAAUAGUUUGUAUCCAUAAGCCAACUGCUCUGUUUGUCUGUAUAUCUGUCCUAUUGUCCGUCCUUUUAUCCAGUUGAAUUUACAACAAAAAACAGGAAUAUUUUCAUUUUUUUAUAUUUUUGUUUCCUUUUUUAUGAAAGAAAACAGGAAAAUAAUGCAAGAGACUGAAAAUACAAAAAAAAAAAAAAAAGAAAAGUAAAAACUGAAACACAAUCUACUCAUACCUCACACAACACGAAACUCAAAUGAACUUGGGAGGAGUGCUUAUCUACAAGGCACUUGUUCAAGUGCAUCAAAUGCAUGUAUAGAUACUCUGAGGUAAAGUGCUUGGUGCGCAGGAGUGUCUGUAGUGAUCACAGACGCACACAGCCCCUUUCUCCAUGUUUGAAAGCCAACAGAGCCUUUGGACUUCAAGCUAAGUUAGUUUUAUACUCCCUUCUAGCCUGGAGUCAACGUCAGGACGCUGGAGCUCCUUCUGGAAGCGUCUCAAGCAGGAUGGGUUACAGGGUGGCUCGAAGCCUGGAGCGGAGCUGUGUGUGUCUGUGACGGUGGAGAGUGCUUCAUGGUAUUGAAUGUAGCUGACAGGACUGGGCUAGAACCAAGCCCAGCAACCAGAACCUCACUUCAGGUCACCAGCAGAGUGGACAUUGCUGUCAAAAAUGAUGUUAUAACAACAAACUGAGAAUCUAUUGCCCGCCUGCAAGGUGCAAUACUUGUUCAACCUUUGUGUUCUCUUUUUUUGUAUUUUUUUUUCAUUUAGGGUUUUAUUUUGGCCAUAACCAAGGUUGUAAAUACAAAACAAAAAAAGAAAAAGAUAUUGAAAGAUUAAUUCAGUAUAUGUCAACCAUAUGCAACACUCACAUACUGGAUAUUGAGAGGCCAGAAGGCAAAACGUGCUGGCUGAAUCCACCACUUUGUAAGUAAAACUGCAUACGUAACUAUGUAAUUGCUUCAUACAUCUGUAUGUGUGCUUGUGUGCACUCGCGAACGCGCAUGUCGACCCCUUCUUACAGAAAAAAAAGUGCCCCAUGAAGUUAACAGUCUGACCCUGUGCCUCCUAUUCCUCACGAAGUGAUAGCGAACAUAUAUCCCUUUGGACCCUCACGCUAAGCAGAGUUGUUGUGGACUGUUCUAUCUUAGUGGGUUUGCUGGCAGGGGGAAAGAAAAUUGAAUCGAUAGAAAAGUGCCCUAUUGUUAGAGUCAUAGACUUUUGAAGUCCCCUUGUUAAUAUUAUUCAAGGCGCAUUACUUAUUAUACCUUCAGCUUGCCUCUCAGCCAUCGAUCAGAUUACACCAGAGAAACUAAAAGAUCAGGCCCAUCCACAGUAGAAGUCUUAUAGAACCUGUGGCCCAUGCGUCCACAUGCGCACACACACAUGCACAGGCAUGCCAGGAUGGAGGGAACGGCUUGGGGAGUGUUUUGUUUGGCUUUUGCUGUUGCCGCUGUUUUUGUUCCUCUGCUUUUUGCCAAAUGUAGUUUUGUGUUUGGUCCUCCAAAAGAUAAAAAAAAACACUUUGUAGCAAGAAUGUCUAUGCAAUGCCUUUCCACUCCCCACUGAAUGCACCCAGGAUGUUUGAGUGAGCCCACAGGCCUCUAUACGAACACUCCCCUCUAGUCCCAGCCCACCACCUCCUCCUAAUAUGAACACAAGAGCCUCGCUCAGUCCUCUUCUGAAACCUGCAACCGAAGGCUCUUGCUGUUACCCGUUAACCCAGAGACACGAGGCCAAGGCAAGUGUUCGGUUAAGGUUUAGUGAUAUCAUCCACUGUGAAGAGGCUGCUCAGAAGGCAGUGUGUGUAUGUGUAUAUGUGUGUGUUUGUGUGACGAACGCUCUCAUGGUUCGGUGGAUCGGAACUACCUUUUAAAAAAAAUUUGAUUUUUGGCAGUUCCAGUUCCUGAAAUUGAAAAAACAAAAAGUUAAGAUAUUAAAAAAAUAAAUCAGACUGUGCCGUUCUUUAUAAAAGACGGACAAAUGCCAUGUGUUGGAUUUGUACAUAUGAAAUGUGCAGGACAGCUGAAUGUAGUUGAAGCGCCACACUUCAGGCUGAGUAGCAGUGAAGUGCUUAAUGGAAGUGAAUGGCACCUCUCCUGUGAGUAAAGUGCUCAUUAGCUGCCAGUGCUACAAGAUUCCUGCUUACGGUCAUACAGAGGCACGGUGUACAGGAGGGAGAAAGAACGCCCCUCUGUGUGACACAGUUAGCCCUGCUUUACAGCAGCUGUCAGCCUGUGUACAGUAUGGAAAACAAAUGUAAUUAGCUGUCAUAUUGCAAUCGAUCACAAUGGCUGCCCAGUUCUCCCUGUGCUUUCUAAUUAGCUUUAGCAGUGGUGUUGAGAGAACCCUAAACUAACCAAAUCCACGAGUGCAAUACAUUUAAAAUGAGCACCCUGGUCACAUGACCCUAAAUCUUAGUGUAAUCUAAACUUAGUCUGAGUUUUUGAGUCUGUAUGAAUUGAAUUGAAUUGACUUAGUGUGAAUGUAUCCCCAGUGCCCAAACGUGUGCUUUUUAAACACACCCAUCCAUGAGAGUGUGCAAGGAGAGCAGGAUGAUGUCCACUCCACACCUGUUAUCAGUGAGACUGGAAAAAAAAAGAAAACUAUUGAAGGAUUCUCUCAGGUAUAAGACAAAAAGUAUAACAAGCAUUUUUUUUUAAAUAAAUGAUGAAAAAAUUGA